AUGUUUUCAUCUUACUUGAGAUCUUCAAAGGCUAUCUUCAAGACCACAUCCAGAACCAGAAUGUCUUCUUCUUUAGCUCCACUAGAUGCUACCAAGCUUAAGAUCACAAAGACCACCUCUCCAAAGGAGAAGCUUCCAAAUGACAAGUUAGUCUUUGGUCAAACCUUCACUGAUCAUAUGCUUCAAAUUCCAUUCUCCUUCAAGAAAGGAUGGGGUACUCCAGAGAUUGUUCCUUAUGGCCCCUUAUCCCUAGACCCUUCCUCCUGUGUGUUCCACUAUGCCUUUGAGUUAUUUGAAGGUUUGAAGGCAUACAAGGAUAAGAAUGGUGAUAUCAGAAUGUUCAGACCAGACAAGAACAUGGCGAGAAUGAACAAAUCUGCAGACAGAAUCUGUUUACCAACUUUUGAUUCUGAACAGUUGACCGACUUAAUUGGUGAAUUGUUGAAGUUGGAUCACAGAUUUAUUCCAUCUGAAAAGGGCUACUCGAUGUAUAUCAGACCAACUUUAAUUGGUACUUCUCCAGGUUUAGGUGUUCACACUCCAGAUGAGGCAUUGUUAUUUGUCAUUUGUUCUCCAGUCGGACCAUACUACAAGACUGGUUUCAAAGCAGUCAAAUUGGAAGCUACUGAUUAUGCAACCAGAGCAUGGCCAGGUGGUGUUGGUGAUAAGAAGUUGGGUGCCAACUAUGCACCAUGUGUCAAGCCUCAAUUAGAUGCAGCUUCUAGGGGUUACCAACAAAACUUGUGGUUAUUUGGCCCAGAGAAGAACGUCACCGAAGUUGGUACCAUGAAUUUCUUUGUUGCAAUGAAAGAUUCCAAGACCGGUAAGAAUGAAUUAGUCACGGCACCUUUAGAUGGUACUAUCUUAGAAGGUGUCACCAGAGAUUCCAUUCUUUCUCUUGCUAGAGAGAGAUUGAAUCCAGACGAAUGGAUCAUUUCCGAAAGAUACUGCACCAUCAACGAAAUUAAGGACAAGGCAGAAAAGGGCGAAUUAUUAGAAGCCUUUGGUUCAGGUACUGCUGCAAUUGUCUCCCCAAUCAAGGAAAUCUCCUACCAUGGUGAAGCAAUCAAUGUUCCAUUGACUCCAGGCGAAGAAUCCGGUCCAUUAACGAAACAAUUCUUAACCUGGAUCCAAGAAUUACAAUACGGUGAAGUUGAAAGCGACUGGUCUAAGGUUUACAAGGUCGAAAACUAG